ACGCAUUUUGGCGUGUCCUGCGCCUUCAUUGUCCCCCGUCGAUCUUCACCGACUGCGUCAUAAUCUUAUAAUCAUAAUAAAUUUUUUAUUAAUGUUUGAUUGCAUCCAAAAGGUUAUAUUUAGCAAAAGAGAUUUUGGAAGCAUCUUCUGCUUCCGCCAGAUUAAGGGGAUGAAGUAGAAGAAGACGAAGAAAAGGAUCAUCGGUGAUUACAGGUGGCCAUUACUGGCCGCUACUAGACGGGACCAGACAAGGGUCGGAGGAGGACAGCGCCUGCCUAUUAUAAUGGUCUCGCCGGAGCACUCUCACUUUCAAGCUCCCAGUCUCAUGGCGAAAAACCCACUCCGGAACCGGAGUUCUGCCCUUCUCUCCGACGGUUUUCUCUUCGUCGGAGGAGCCAUGACGGCUCUCUUACUGGUCUGGGCUUUCUGGUCCUUCGCGGACCCCGCCUCCACCCCUACGCCUAAAUUUUCUACCGUAGCCGACGAACCAAGGACGGAAGAAACUGUAUCGGACGAGUUUGGGGGACUAGAUUGCCCCUCGGGUUCAGUCGGCGUCGACAUGCAGCACGACCCGCCUGGCCCGACCUUCUACGACGACCCCAAACUCAGUUAUUUGAUCGGGCAACCUGUGAAGAACUGGGACGAGAAGCGGCGGGAGUGGCUGAACCGGCAUCCUUCCUUCGCCGCUGGAGCAAGUAGCCGGGUGUUACUCGUCACGGGAUCGCAGUCGACGCCUUGCCGGAACCCGAUCGGCGACCACUUGCUCCUUAAAUUCUUCAAGAACAAGGUGGAUUACUGCCGGAUCCACGGGUACGACAUCUUUUACAACGACGUUUUGCUUCACCCGAAAAUGCACAGUUUCUGGGCGAAGCUCCCGGUCAUCCGAGCGGCGAUGAUUGCUCACCCGGAGGCCGAGUGGAUUUGGUGGGUGGACUCGGACGCGGCCUUCACCGACAUGGAGUUCGAGCUCCCGUUGGAGAGGUACCGUGACCACAACCUUGUCGUUCACGGAUGGGCCCACCUGGUCUACGAGAAGAAGAGCUGGACCAGCCUCAACGCCGGCAUCUUCCUCAUCAGAAACUGUCAGUGGUCGAUGGAUUUCAUGGAAGUGUGGGCGGCGAUGGGUCCGCAGAGCCCGGAUUACGAGAAAUGGGGUCGGAUCCAGAGAUCGACGUUCUCCGAUAAGCUGUUCCCGGAGUCGGACGAUCAAGCGGCUCUGAUUUAUCUUCUGCUGAAAGAGAAGGAGAGGUGGGCGGACAAGAUUUACUUGGAGGGCGAGUACUAUUUCGAGGGGUACUGGCUGGAGAUAGUGGGGACGCUGGACAACACGGCGGAGAAGUACGUCGAUAUAGAGAGGAGGGUUCGCCGCUUACGGCGGCGGCACGCGGAGAAAGUGAGCGAGGGCUACGCUGCGAUGAGGGAGGAGUAUCUGAAAGGGGCUGGGUACGGCAAGGGGAGUUGGCGGCGGCCUUUCAUCACGCACUUCACGGGGUGCCAGCCGUGCAGCGGCGACCACAAUCAGAUGUAUUCCGGCGAGUCUUGCUGGGACGGGAUGCGGAGGGCGCUCAAUUUUGCGGAUAAUCAGGUGCUGCGUAGCUUUGGUUUCGCGCACCCGGACUUGCUGGAUUCUGCCAAGGUAUCCCCGGUGCCGUUUGAUUUUCCGGCGUGAAGUCCCCGUGAAAGGUACAGUACUGUGGCUGAGGAUUGUAUAUUUGUGAAUCCGUUAUGCCAUGCGAAAUAACCUUUUUCAUCUUACUCUGUGAAAUUUGGCGGUAAACUUUAUAUUUUGUACACUACAUCCGACUAAAAGGGUAGGGAUUAUUUCUACGUUCUUAAGAACAGCUUUGAUCUCCCAUUGGAUUUUUUUGGAUGCCCAUCUUAAUAUUUUAUCUUGUUUGAGUUGUGGCUCAAAA